AUGGCCCCCGCCAGGAGAAAGGCGGCAAAGUCAAGGCAGUCCGGCUACGGCGGCGGCGGCGACGAGGACUUCAAGGGGGAUCCCCCGGCUCCGUUCAAGCGCCCGCCCGAGGCGCUCGAGUCCUUUGCCGAUGGGCUCUCGGAAAAGCACGUCUACAUCGCCCACAUUGACUCCAAGCCCGCCGCCUUCAAGCGCAAAAUCUUCCUCGUCCCCGUGGCCAUGAACGUCUGCGUCUCCCUGCUCUUUGUCUGGCGCAUGUACUCGAUCCUCCCCUGGUACUGGCAGCUCGUCGUCUCGGCCCUUGGCUACCCUAGCGAGGCAACUUUCCCCGCCGCCCAGGCCACCUGGGGCGAGCUUGCGCGCGAGGUUGCCAAGCGCGGCAUCGUCAUGUUCAUCGACUUUGUACUCGUCGUCUUCGUCUGGCCCUGGCCGGUCGAGUUUGCUGCCGGCCAGCGUCACGGAAAUCCAAUGCGAUGGCGGUGGAAGGUCGGCUUCCGUGAUAAGGAAAUCUACGUCCGCCGAAGCCGCGACUGGGACCAGGUCCUCGGCGACAUCUUCAAGGACGCCGACGCCCGCAAGAUUCUCGUCGCCUACGUCCAGCAGGCCACGUCUCCCCUGCUACAAGAGCAGAAGACGGGCUACCUGCUCAUGAACGGCUCCUGGGACCUCGACUGGGAGGCCAUGGUCUAUGCACACGCACUCGUCGACAACAAGACAGUCGCCGUCGAAGCGUUCAAAACUGUCGUCUUGGUAUACCACAAGGACUACGGAUGGCUGUGUUACGACCUGAAGGUUGGCUCCGAGACGGAUUCGGAUGACAAGCGCAGGCAGGUCUUCGCCUUCCGGGAUGCCCUCACAGCCAUGGGCAAAGAGGACCUUUUCUAUCGCUGGGUCGAGAUUGUGCAGCUGGAGUCCACGCAAGCUGGAGGAUUCGGCCCAGACAAGCAAGAGGCUGCGGCCACCAAAAUCCGCGACAUGUUUGCAUCUGAAGAGAUUGAUUUCGAUGAGCUUUGGAAAGAGGCGGCUCGCGACGUGUAG